GUCAGGGUGUUUAAAGAAUGAAAGCCAUAGAUUGUGAAGUCUUCAACACAGUAAGUUGGUGGGCAAGCCAAAACUGAGAGGCACUCUGCUCCAGGUAACAAAAAUCUUCAAUUUUGACGGUGAACAAGAGCUGGAAAAGUGAUUCACUGUGACUUUCUCUUGGAUUUCCCUAUCAAGAUCUGGGGGAGACAGGAGCUCACAGUAUUUCCUGCUACCAAAUACUUUUCAAAGUCCUAAGAAGUAGUGCUAAUGGAAUGAGAUGCUUCUCUGAGGACUUAAUGCUUCAGACUUUGGAAGAGCUGCUCUUUGAAUAUAUCACAUUCCUCAUAUAGUUACCCUACAGUCCUAUCCCCUGGAACCAGGCUGCUCUGCAAACAUUUUUUUUCUCUUAAUAAUGGGUAUUGGCAAAAACACCACAUCAAAGUCAGUAGAAACUGGAAGCUCUACUGAGGGCAAAUAUGAAGAUGAAUCUAAGCAUCCUGCUUUCUUCACUCUUCCGGUGGUAAUAAAUGGAGGUGCCACACCAAGUGGUGAACAGGACAAUGAAGAUACUGAGCUAAUGGCUAUCUAUACCACAGAAAAUGGCAUAGCUGAAAAGAGUUCUCUUGCAGAGACAUUGGACAGCACUGGAAGUUUAGAUCCCCAGAGAACAGAUAUGAUUUAUACAAUAGAAGAUGUACCUCCCUGGUAUCUCUGUAUAUUCUUAGGGCUACAGCACUAUCUGACCUGUUUCAGUGGUACCAUAGCAGUGCCCUUCUUACUAGCUGAUGCUAUGUGUGUUGGAUAUGACCAGUGGGCUACAAGUCAGCUUAUUGGGACCAUAUUCUUCUGUGUGGGAAUCACAACUUUGUUACAGACAACUUUUGGAUGCAGGUUACCUCUAUUUCAGGCCAGUGCUUUUGCAUUUUUGGCCCCAGCUCGAGCUAUUUUGUCUCUGGAUAAAUGGAAAUGUAAUACUACAGAUCUUUCAGUUACCAAUGAAACAACAUUAUUGCAUACUGAGCAUAUCUGGUAUCCAAGAAUACGAGAGAUCCAGGGUGCCAUUAUCAUGUCUUCAUUGAUAGAAGUCGUAAUUGGCUUCCUUGGCCUGCCAGGUGCUCUGCUAAAGUAUAUUGGACCUUUGACUAUUACACCAACAGUGGCCCUGAUUGGUCUCUCUGGUUUCCAAGCAGCAGGAGAAAGAGCAGGGAAACACUGGGGCAUAGCUAUGCUAACUAUUUUUCUAGUAUUGUUAUUUUCUCAAUAUGCCAGAAAUGUUAAAUUUCCUCUCCCAAUUUAUAAAUCCAAAAAAGGAUGGACUGCCUACAAAUUGCAGCUUUUCAAAAUGUUCCCUAUAAUCCUGGCUAUCUUGGUAUCCUGGUUACUGUGCUUCAUAUUCACUGUGACAGAUGUCUUUCCACCUGACAGCACAAAGUAUGGGUUCUAUGCUCGUACAGAUGCUAGACAAGGCGUGCUUUUUGUGGCACCUUGGUUUAAAGUUCCAUAUCCAUUUCAGUGGGGACUUCCAACCGUUUCAGCUGCUGGGGUUAUAGGAAUGCUCAGUGCAGUGGUUGCUAGUAUUAUUGAAUCUAUCGGCGAUUAUUACGCCUGUGCCAGAUUAUCUUGUGCUCCACCACCUCCCAUUCAUGCAAUAAAUAGGGGGAUUUUCAUUGAGGGACUAUCCUGUGUUCUAGAUGGUGUGUUUGGUACCGGAAACGGCUCCACUUCGUCAAGUCCCAAUAUUGGAGUUUUAGGAAUAACUAAGGUUGGAAGUCGUCGAGUCAUUCAGUAUGGUGCGGCUUUAAUGCUCAUGCUUGGGAUGAUAGGGAAAUUCAGUGCGUUGUUUGCAUCCCUUCCAGACCCUGUGCUUGGUGCCCUCUUUUGCACACUCUUUGGAAUGAUCACUGCUGUUGGAUUGUCGAAUCUUCAGUUCAUAGAUUUAAAUUCUUCACGUAACCUCUUUGUCCUCGGAUUUUCCAUUUUCUUUGGACUUGUUCUUCCAAGUUACCUCAAGCAGAAUCCACUAGUCACAGGGAUUACAGGAAUUGAUCAAGUGUUAAACGUCCUUCUCACCACAGCAAUGUUUGUAGGUGGAUGUGUCGCUUUUGUUUUGGAUAACACCAUCCCAGGUACUCCAGAAGAAAGAGGAAUACGGAAAUGGAAGAAAGGAGUUGGAAAAGGGAGUAAAUCACUCGAUGGCAUGGAAUCCUAUGAUUUGCCAUUUGGCAUGAACAUUAUCAAAAAAUUUCGAUGUUUUAGCUAUUUACCCAUCAGCCCAACCUUCAUGGGUUACACAUGGAAGGGUUUCAGGAAAAGCAGUAACUGCAGAAAUUCAGAUGAAGAUUCAGAGGCUACUGUAUAGCCUUAGUUGAAAUUAUAUUAUCUAGUUGUAGUAAAAGAUGUAUUUGAAGUUCUUUGCUAAUUAAUAAGCAUUAAAAUAUAUGUUUUGUAUAUCUGCAUUUAAAUUUUGAAACCCAGAGCUGAGACCGAUUAUAAAUAGCUCUUCUGUUGUGGGUGGUGAUAUUGUCUAAUAUAGUGUCUCAACCAUCUUAUUAUUUAAAUCCUUGAUCCUGCUCUUUUCAGGGCAUCCAUUGCUGGCAAUGAUAGCUGCGCCUGAAAAUUCCCGAUCCUCCUGUGGAAGAGAGAUGUUUGGAAUUCGUUGCGGGUUUUUUUGUUCUUUUGGGGUUUUUUGUUUUUGUUUUAGUCAUUCCUCUUUCUUGGUAAAUGCAUAGUACUGUUUUGGACAUGUGGUGUCUCUCAUCCCAGCAUUCUGAAUGUUUGACUGCAUGCCAAGUCAUCCAAGAUGCCUGUCAGCAGUUUUUCUUCCUCACCUACACUUUCUGUACCCACUGUGCAGGUGAAUUCACAGGACCUGUCCCCAGGCUGGAAAGACUUCUGGUCCUUCAAGCACCCGUACCUACUUCCUUGGAUAGUGUUUUCAUAAUUCUUCAUCUCAUCUGUGCCUAAAACAAAAUUUUAGGGGAAGCAAAAAUGCAUUUGCAAAAAUGCAUCAUUGUGACUUAAUAGUCAAUACAGUCAUUUUCCUCUUGAAUUAGUAUUUUAGGAAGCUUUCUUGAACUAGAAUUACAGAAUGGAUUGCCCUAUGGCCUAGGUAUACAUACACAUUUGUGAGAAUCAUAGAUACUGUUUUGAGGGGAGGGGGAUGGGUCAUGUGUGAUUUGAGUCAAUAUCUAUUAAUUGUUAACCUUCAUAUCAAAUUAUUAACACUAAGGAACUUGCCUAAGAGUCUACUAGGAAAUAAUUUACUAUCAUAUGUUUUAUCUUCCCAUUCAGGGCCACAGCAGUAGAUUUUUUGGAUCAGCAAAUUUUCAUAUUAGCAGAGGCACUGUGUGUAUGUGUGUGUGUGUGUAUAUAUAUAUAUAUAUAUAUAUAUAUAUGUGUGUGUGUGUGUGUAUAUAUAUAUAUAUGUAUAUAUAUGUAUCUAUCUAUAUAUAUAAGUGGCAUCCUUAUCCCCUGGAUUAUUGAAUGGGCACAGAGAGUACCAGUCAUUAAUACCUGAAAGUUUUGACUCUCUUGUAAUGUGGAUGUUGUUAGUUAUCAGGCAUUCAUAAUUGUGAGGCUAUGUUCAUGUUUAACAUUCUGACUAUUACGCAUUAGUUUGACAUCAGUGUUUUUCAUUGUGAUCCAUCCAGCUCAUCCCCAUUAUCCCCACCCACUUACUCCAUCCCCCAAAGAAAAACAGGAAAAAGAACUCACAUUUGUAAUGCCACGGAAAUCAUCAGGGAAGCUUAAUGUAAUGUGCUCUUAAGGCCAGUAUAGUAUUUCUGUGCUUGUGUUUUGUAUUUCUUGAUCAAAUGAAGGCAUAAGCUGUAACUCACUUAUUUAUGUGGACUGACUCCUGGACCAGACUAUGAGAAGGCUAUAGUUUUCUCAGAGUCCUGCUAUAAGAUCAAGGAGAUAGAAUGAACUGGAUUGGAUUAAUCAGUGUUUUAACUUAUAGGGACAUUCAGUAGUUUGCCAUUUGAGUAUCUACUGGAUGUUAUUGAGGUAGUCCAUAUUACUUGUUGGCAUUAGUAAACGUUAUACCACCUGUCUGAACAAAGCCUUUCCUUUUUUCUUUUUGUCACUGAUCCGUAUCAAGUGAGAGGCAUUUGGUUGAAUGUUGCCUUAAUGCCUGCUCCCUUGCUGAGCACUCUGAUUGAGAACACUAAACUAUUAGUAAAAAUAACCUGUUUAUUUGUUUUGGAGUUUUCAGCUCAGGGAAGGGUAAAGAAAGAGAAAAAUCAGAAACUUAGUGAGAUGACUUCAUUUACACCACAUACCCCAGGUGGUCAGUCAGCUGCUGUUUGAGCAGUUAAAAGGAACCAAAAUGGAUCAUUUCAAAUUGCAUACAACUCUUUUUGCAAUAGUUUGUUAUGUCUCCAUUGACACCCAAGUCAGUGUCAAGAUUAGUUUGUUAUAAAUAGGAGAGAACACUUUGAGAUCAACUUAGCCGCCUUUUGAGCUUGUUGGCUAAAUAAUCUGUAUGUUUUUAUCCCUUUGAUUCCAGGAAGCGUGAGCUUCCGUGAGCGUUGCAUUAGGACACCCUGGCCUAAGAGUCUGCAUUUUGUGCCAAGAUCUUAUCACAGAUUAAAUGAAGCAAUGUAUUCAAAAUUGCUUGUGGUUUUAUAUGUUAAAGUUCCGGCUGUUUUAGUGUGUAUUAGAUACAGUGUUGUUUAAAAGAAAAUCACCCAGUGGUUCAGUUAGUCUCGUCCUUUUUUGUUGUGUGAGACCGAGUGAAGCAAUAUACCACGCUCUGUGAAGCUGUGCUUUGUUUAGCCCUGUCUGAUUCCUUUGCCCUGACAAAUGGAGAAAACUAUGCUAAACUGAUGAUGUUUGGUAAGUGUGCCUUGACACUAGUUCUAGCUGUCCAGCACAGAAUGCUGCCAGAUAUCUGAGCAGGACUGAACACUUACCACUAUAAUUCAGUAACACAUCCUGGUUAACAUGGAUGACUUGCCUUUUUGAUAUUUUUCCUCCACAAAACAGUGUGAAAGGUUUGUGUGUUAAGGUUCAGAUGCCAAAGUGCUUCUGAAACCUUUGUUUGCAAAAAAAUUUUGGGGGGGGUGUUGUUUUCAACUCUUUCAUCAUAGGAGAAUGUCUUACUUUGUAGCAUCCAUGUGUGAUGCCCCUUUACUUAAACAAGUAGAGAAGAGACAUAAAGUAAUGAGGCUUCCUUUAGAGAGGAUUUCCCACCUUGACUGAACUUUGAAUCGCCAAAUUAGGGAUCCUUUUUGAAUUAUUUUGUGAAGCUGGGACUGAUGUGUGGUAAAGUGAACAAUAUACCAGGUCUCCAAUAGGUCCAUUUGCAAAGAGUUGAAAAUGUAGCCAGAAUGUAGUAGGGGUCCGCAUCUGAAUUGGACAAUAAUAUGUUUCUUGCAUUUACACAACACAAAGUUAAUCACAUAAUAUAGUGUGGUCUCAACUGCUAGCAAAUAAGCAAUGGAACAAAAGAUGCUAAUUUGGUGCAGGGAGAUAAUUUGAUAUGUUUUUAUUUCCUGUUUACAGAAAUAGCUAAGUAUGAAGCUGAGGGUAAUGUAAGGGUGAAUUAUGUUUAUCACACUACAUUUUGUUGGAAUGGAUUAAUUAUACUGACUUGUUUGUCCACUAAAUCAUAUACAUAGUAGAAAGUAUGUAAAAGACCUGACAUGUUCAAAAUGAAAAAUAGAAGAGUGUCUCGUCCCCCAAUUCAUGGCAGAAAUAAUCACAGAAAUAAUCAUAGAAGAACUGGAAACUCACCCUGGAUUUCUCUAAUUUACCAGCACUAUAACUGAGAAUCAUAUUCAGAAUUAAUCAAUACACUAAAAUUCAGGUUCUUGUUUAAAGUAACCCACCGAUUUCAGUUCUGUAGCAAAUUCCCUGUGAUUGGCUAUAUAGUAAAUGCACCAGGCCACCCUGAGUGACCAGUGAACUGAGAGAAGUAAUCAUGCUCUCUGACUUUUCCUGUCUCCAUGGAUUACAGAUAACACAGGAUUUGCUUUGUACCUUUGAAUGCUGACUUUAAAUACAACAGCUUGGUUUGUACAUGAAUAUUGCAGUAUUUCCAUAUAUUAAAAUAACAUUUCCACCCAGGAUAAUGGUCACAGGUUUCCAGGGAGGGAGUGAUAAUGAUUUUCAUGACAAUGUCAUGUGAUAAUAGAAUUUCUCCAUUGAUGAAUCUCUAGUAGUUGUGUAUACUUUAUUUACUCAUGCUUCUGUUUUAUAACAAAGAGCUGAAGUUGUUUCCUUUUAUUCAUGUCCCUGCUGAAAUAUUGGUAAUAGGAAAUUAGAGUGAACAUUUACAGAUGUAAUUCUCCGUGCUUUUCCGUGCCACAAGAGUGGUUAAGCCAAAUGCAUCAGUCAGAGAACAAUCAGCUGUGACAAUAUCUUUUAUACCAAGAGUUUCAGGGUUUAGGGGAGAGAGAACAUUUAGCAGGUUAAAUUUAAUUGUGGUGUAAAGGGGACUGCAGGUUAACAGUAACUGACAGCUAGUUUCAAAAUCGCUUACCCAUUAGAUGUUGGAUGUACAAUUCACAUCCCUUUGUGCUGUAAAGUACAUAAUUCCUACGUUAAUGUACAGUGUAUAAUGCCCUAACACAAAUGCAAUGCUCCAGUGGAGUGGCCUUCUUCAACUCCGUAAAUGAAAAACAAGGCAACUCUCUCCCUGAGUCUGAGACCUAAUUGAAUUAGUGACCAAUGGCUUGAUUCCCACAUGCUGUACAUAUCGAGUAUUUCCUGUUGUGGCUUUUAAGAGAAUAAGACAUCUCCAACAUCACCAUACAGUCUGCCAGUCAUUAGCAGUAUUGCAAGAAGGCCGUACACUUGUUUGCUUCUGCCAAAGGCUCCAUCCGUCCAGCUUUGUGCCGGGCUGCUCUUUGUAUCAAGGAAUCCAUUUUUAGCAGCAUCCAAAAACAUUCCUGUCUUGUUAGGUUGGUUGUGACUGUGCUUUGUCAUCAGUAUAUAUCGUUGCUAUCAAAAGUGCUUAGAUUGCUGUUUGUAUUUUUCAGGCACUUAGGACAUUCUUGAGCAAUGUUGCCAUCUUGCUGAUAAUUCAAAUUAUUGUGGUUUUUUUGUUGGUUCAGAAUAGCCUUUGACAUGUUAACAGACUGGAUGUUCUUAAAACAGUGGGGAUGCCCAUAUUUUCCAUGAGUUUUGUGGCUGAAUUUGGCUGUAAACCUUUCGGGGUUUUUUGGUGUUUUA